AUUGUAAUGCUUACAUCUGGCUCUAAAACAAUUGAUAUUUUUGUUUGUGAUCACAACGAAACUACUGGCCUCGAUCCACUCUCAUUUUCAAACUAUUCUCACCUUACAAUCUUCAUGGCAAAUGAUCCAGAUAUAAUUGUCACCUUCCCAACAGAACAAAUUUAUUCGCCAGAUGAAACAUUUAACAUCAUAAUCAAUGUAACAGCAGAUCUUUCAGGAACCAUAAAAAUAUAUAACGCCUAUCCAUACAGUUGGUAUUCCCCACAAUCUACUAUUAAUUACAAUAAGUCUGGAAUUUAUACAGGAACAUUCAUUUGUCAAACUUCACAAUAUUCAACAAGUCAAACAGUAUAUGUUCUCGCUGUUGGCCAAAACAAUACAAAAUCUAAGAUGUAUCAAUUUCCUAUUAAAAUUAGGAAAGCGCUGAAAUUAGAUUAUGUUAAAAUGAGUUCAAGAGUACUUUCUCCAGGCGAAACUUUGACAUUGAAUCCAAAAAUUAUGUCAGGUUACUCUUCAGAUAUAUAUUACGCUACAGAUAUUUAUGUAUUUGUAAAGAUCGGAGGCACACUUUAUGACCCUGAAAAACGUCCAGAUCAUGAUGCCCCUGAUGACUAUGCUUAUUCAGUUUCUCCUCAAAUACCACUUGAUGCUAAAUCUGCUAAAAAUGUUAAAGUGGUUGUUUGGGCUCAGUAUGAAAAAGAUCCAAAGAACCCAGGUAAAAACUCUAAAUCUAAUGAAUGGACAUCCACAAUUAUAAUCACAAAGACACCAGAAGUAGAUUUCAACUUCCCAAUGGAAACACAGUAUUAUGGUUAUGAUGAUGAAUUUAGAGCCAACGUUGUAAUUUAUGAUGAUUCAAAGGGAACAGUCAAAGUUACAGCUCGUCAACGUUAUUCAUAUUAUUCAUACUAUGGAUAUGAUAAUUAUCACACAUAUACAAUCUAUACAACAUCAUAUUCAACUUCUUCUAGUGGCAGUACUACAACAGUUGAUCUUAAUUUCAAGAUCAAUAAAACAAUCAAAUAUUCUUCCUCAUUAUACAACACUCUCUAUUUCACGAUUACAGUUACUGAUGAAUAUGGCAAACAAGCAACAUCAUACGAAAAAACUUUCUAUUUGAUCAACAAGCCUGUUAUUAACAGCUUCACAUUUACAGACAAAUCUGUGGCAUUGCAAAAGUCAUACAUUUCUGCAAAAGUCACAUUUACUGACCUAGAUGUAUCUAAGUACUUAUAUUUCUAUUACUCAAUUAAUGGAGCAGAAUACAAAUAUGCAAAUGACUAUAUAACAUCAAAUGGAAAGCAACAAAUAAACACACUUCAACUUUAUAUUCCAUCUGAUGCACCAUUAGGUAUGAAGAGUAUAUCAAUCAUGAUUAAAACUAUAAGUAGUGGUAGGAAUGCAAACUCAGAAGAAUCAUCAAACUCUAUCAUAAUUACAUUCAAGCCAUCUUACACAUUAGAUAACCUUCCAGAAGAUGCACUUUAUUCAGAUGAUGGAUUAGUUCCAAUCACAGGUACAUUGAAGUGUGAUGGAUAUGCUAAACUUAUUUUAACUGUUGGUACAAUUGAACUUAAACGAAUUAUUCUCGAUCCAAAAACAUUGACAAAUGGAAGGUUCAAAGAUUCAUUUAAAGUUCCAGCUGGAUUAAGCUACGGAACAAUCAACGUUUAUUCAAAACUUGUUGAUUCUAAUGAUAAUGAAGCUACCGCGAAAUAUACUUUAUCAUUCUUGCACAAGAAUAAGCCAGUAAUUACAGAUUUGUCCUUAUACAAUGACGUAUUAUCACCAUAUGGCCCAUGGUCAUUCUCUGUAGUAUGUCAAGAUCCUGAUAAUGGCAAGAAAUUAUAUCUAUAUGGACAAAUCGGAGAUGAGGAACCACUUCUAUUCACAGAUUAUGGAGUUUCAUCAAUUGGAAGUAGUCAAACAAUCUACGCGUCCACACCAUAUGGUACAUUUACUCAGUUAUAUGGCAAACAAACAUUUAAGUUAUGGUUGUCAGACACCAAGAAUAGCACAAUCAGAACAGGUCUAGGUGUUUCUGAUAUUUUCGCGAGAACAGUUAUUUUCAGUUACGUUCCUGAUUUUAGUGUAACAUAUCCAGACUCACAUUAUUACACUAGUGGUGCCACAGUUCAAGCAAGCUACACAAUGAAGGAUGAUGGAAAAGUUACACUCAAAGUAUAUAUUGAUGAAGAAGAGAUUAAGGAUCUCGCUGAAGAUAUUGAACUUGAUAAUACAGAACGUACAGGAACUAAGAAUAUCAAGCUUCCUGAUGACUUAACGUAUGGAAAAGAACACAACAUCAUGCUAACUUAUGUUGAUCACUACGGCUUCCAACCAUUAGGAGAAUUCUUGUACUUCCAUAUUGUAAACCAACCGAACCUCACAAAGGCUUCAUUUGUCAAGCCAUUUGCUCUUCAGUCAGAAGUUAUUGAAUUUGAAGGCUAUUUCAAUGAUUUUGAUAAGGACAAAUAUCUUUAUGUUUUCGUCCAGCUUGGUGACAAACUCAUUUCAUCUGAAACACAAAAGAUCCAAUCUAAUGGAACUGCUAACCAAAAGUUCCAGUUCGGUUAUGAGAUCCCAGGAAAUGAAUCUAUUGGAAACAAAACAGUUACAAUUUGGAUGUUAGCUGAAUCUAACUAUUAUCCAUCAUUAGAUCCACUAUUGAGUUCCAACAAGGUUGAAUCAGUUCUUUUCAUCACAUACAAACCAUCUCUUUCUCUUAAACCAAUUGUUAAGAAUAUUUACAACGAUGGCGAUCAGAUCACCAUCAUUGGUUCAAUUAGAGCCAACUCCAAUGUCAAUAUGCACUUCAUGAUUGACUCAGUUCUUCUCAAUGAUACAAAGAAGAUCACAGUCAGCGAAUCUCCACAAGAAUUCGAAGUCAAGGUUGGUAUUCCAGUCAACUUCAAGCAUGGCAAGCAUAAAAUGAAUGUUUGGGCUGUCGAUGUUAGUGGACAGAACACAAGCAACUUCGCUCUUGACUUCAACAUCCAAAAUCCACCAAAGCUCCUUAGUGUCAGCGUUGCUAAGGACAGAGUUAGAGUUGGUGGUAAACUGAAAGUUCUUGGUACAGUUCGUGAUCCAGAUGUUGGAAACAAUAUCUCAUUCAUAGUCAGUAUUGAUGAAGGAAAACAAGAACCGUCUUACACUCUUCAAUCUGACUCCACAGUUCAAGACUUCUCAUUUGUCUACCAGAUUCCACAAUCUCUUGAAGUUGGAGAUCAUCAGCUCACACUUUUAGCUAUUGACACAGAUAAUCUCGUAUCUUCUCCAGCAAUUGUUCAGUUCACUGUUUACAAGUCAUCUGUUAAUGAUCCAGAGAAUCCUAAUGAUCCUGAUGAAACAGGUGGAGACAACGCAGAUUCUAAGAAGGCCAAUACAAAGAAGAAGAAUAACGGUAAUGUUGGUUUGAUUGUUGGUAUUGUUAUUGUUGGUAUUAUCUUAUUAGUUCUUUGUGUCUUGGCAGUUAUCCUCUUAAUCCAAAGAAAGAAGAAUUCCCAUCCAGACUCAGCCAGUGAUAAUUCUGAUAUAGAAGAACGUGAAACACAAAUUUCUACUAACAUCAGCUUAGAAGAAACAGCAACCAAAGAUAAUCCAUUGUUCUCAUCAGAGACAAUCACACAGAACAAUGAUCCAUUCUCUGAUGAAUUCGAAGAAAGUCAGAAACCUUAA